GGGGUGGGGUGUUUGUUUGCUCCCCUCAUUUGCAGCAUCAUGUCCCAGGCCGCCUCCCCUCCCCGCCCUGGGUGUUUCCGACUCCACGGAGAGCGUCGCCUGAAAUGUUGUUACACAAGGCGCCGGGGCCUUAUGCAAGGAGAGCGAGGAAGAGACGGAAGGUGCUGCCGGCAGACAGAAAGAAUGCUGAAGACUAUAAAACAAGCCCUCUUCUCUACUGGGCUGGAGAUGCCCAAAUGGACAGCACUGCCAAACCAGGCUUCUGAUUAUGAAAUUCGACAGUAUGAACCAGCCAAAUGGGUUUGCACAUCUGUUAAAACUGUGGACUGGGAUUCAGCUAUCAAUACUGGUUUUACUAAGCUCUUUAAUUAUAUUAAGGGCAAGAAUGAAAAAGGAGUAAAGAUAGACAUGACAGCUCCAGUGACAUGCUAUGUGCAGCCAGGCGCUGGCCCGUUCUGUGAGUCCACAACAACCGUCUCUUUUUACGUGCCACCUCAACACCAGGCAAAUCCACCUAAGCCAUCAGAGGCAGAUGUCUUCAUUGAAAUGAGGCCAGCAAUUACUGUGUUUGUCAGAUCUUUUGGAGGAUUUGCCAAUGCUAAAAAGAACCAGGAUGAAAUACUGGCACUUGCUGAAAGUCUGAAGCGGGAUGGAAAAACUUUUCAAGAAAAGGUCUAUUAUACUGCUGGCUAUGAUAGUCCAUUUAAAUUGCUGAACAGACACAAUGAAGUUUGGCUUAUCAGGAAAAGCUAAAACCUCAACAAUUCAGAUUAUAGCCUUAAUAACCAUAAGUGUCCUUAACUAAAUAUAUUUCCUAAUAUUUUACUACUUAGCCCAUUGCCUUAAUAUCUAUCAGUGCCAAUAUAAUACUUGUUUCACAAUGUUUAUAUAGAACUUGGUUGUAAUAAAACUUCUAAGUGGU